AUGUUCCGGACUAUGAGCAUGGUUGCCGCUGGAGGCAUGCUGCGCAAGCAUGCGGCGGCAGGAGCCGCGGCGGCGCUGUCGUCAACGGCGGGGGCAUGCAGCGGAUCGAAUGUUCUGGUGACGGGUGCUCUGGGCCAGAUCGGGAUGGAGCUAGUGGACGUGCUGCGGGCUAAUGGCGACAACGUGCUGGCCACCGACAUCCGCCGCCCGCACAAGUCGUCGUCGCUUGGCGAGUUUGCCUACUGUGACGUGACCCGGCCCGAGUCGCUCGACGAGGUCAUUGUCAACAACGACAUCAGCGUUCUCGUCCAUCUGGCCGGCAUUGUGUCGGGCGCUGCCGAGGCCAACCCGCGGCGCGCGUACGAGGUCAACACCCUUGGCCAGUACAACGUCAUCUCGGCCGCGCUCGCCCACAAUCUCACCGUCUUCUCGCCCUCGUCCAUCGCUGCCUUUGGGCCGACCACUCCGCGCGAUGACGUGCCCAACUCGACCAUCACCGAGCCGACAACCAACUACGGUGCGUCCAAGGUCUACGGCGAGUCCAUGGGCCGCUGGGGCGCGGCCAAGCACGGCCUCGACUACCGCUCGCUCCGCUACCCCGGCGUCAUCUCGUACAAGGCCCCGCCCGGCGGCGGGACCACCGACUACGCCUGCGCCGCCCCUCUCGCUGCCCUCACUGACGGCACCUACGAGUGCUACCUCGCGCCCGAGACCACCAUGCCCUUUUCCUACAUGCCCGACAUCCUCGCCGGCACCGCGGCCUUUAUCGCGGCCGACCGCGCCGCGCUCUCCACUACCACCUACAACCUCACGUCGUGCUCCUUCUCCGCCGCCGAGUUUAUGGAGGCCAUCAAGCUCCGCAUCCCCAACUUUGAGGUCACCUACAAGCCUGAUCUCCGCCAGGCCAUUGCCGACUCGUGGCCGCGCUCCAUCGACGACUCGUUGGCUCGCGCCGAUUGGGCCUGGUCCCCGCGCUACGGCCUGCAGGAGAUUGUCGACGACAUGCUCGAGAACAUGGCCAAAAACCUCGAGGGUGAGGCGUAG